CUCUAACACGUGUUGAUUACAUUUGGUCACUACACAUGUUCGUGAUAAACGUAAAACACAACUAGGUACAACGUUGUCACUUCCAAUUAGACUUCGUAGUGGUCUAAUAUUUGGAAGUUCGAUCCGACGACGUACUCGGUCUCUGCUUCUAUAAAUAGAGCACCACCGUUACUCCGAUCUUCAGCAACACCUCUGCUCUUCUCUUCUCUAGCGUCUCGGUUAGCUAGUCUUCGUGUGAAUCGAAAUGGAGCUAAUGCAAAUACUUCACAUGAACAAAGGCAACGGCGAGGCUAGUUAUGCCCAAAACUCCAAAGUUCAGAACAAGAUAUUAACAAUCGCAAAGCCAAUCAUCGAAGAAGCCUUGCUCAAACUGUUGGGGUCAAACAACAAUGAUAUGGCAUUGGAGAGUAUGGGCAUAGCGGAUUUGGGUUGCUCAUCUGGACCUAACACCUUUCUUCUCAUAUCGGAGAUCAUGGAUGUCAUACGUGCCAAACUCAGCAGCGGCCUGCUGCAUCCCUCGUCGUCGUCAAUGGAGUUUAGAGUGUUUCUCAACGACCUAUUCAGCAACGACUUCAACACCGUCUUCAUGUCACUUCCAGCAUUCCACAACAAGCUGAGAAAAGACGAUCGCUACAAGAGACUGUUCGGGGCUAACCCCAACCUCUUCAUUUCCGCGGUGCCGGGAACUUUCUACGGCAGAUUGUUUCCCAGAAACAGCCUUCAUUUCGUUCACUCGUCCUCCAGUCUUCACUGGCUGUCUCAAGUUCCCCCGAGCCUGGACAGCACCGCCGGCACGGCCUUGAACAAGGGGAAGAUCUACAUUUCUAAGAGCAGCCCGCAAUAUGUGUUGGAUGCGUACUCACUUCAAUUCCACAAGGACUUCUCAAUGUUUCUCAAGUCUCGGGCAGAAGAAAUAGUUGGAGGAGGAAGAAUGGUAUUGUCAUUCAUAGGCAGGCCAACACUUGACCCUACAACCGAACAGAGUUGCUACCAUUGGGAGCUAUUAGCCCUUGCAUUGAUGAGCAUGGUUUCAGAUGGUCUUGUGGAAGAGGAGAAAGUUGAUUCCUUCAACGCUCCUUACUAUGCUCCAUGCGCAGAGGAACUGAAGUCGGAGCUGCAGAAGGACGGGUCCUUCAUAAUGGACCGACUUGAAGCGUUCGAAAUCGAUUGGGAUGGUGGUGCUGAUGAUCAAGCUAUUACCAUGAAUGGUUUUGAUCAUGAUCAAAUGGUGGCUAGGAGUGGGAAGAGGGUGGCCAAUACCAUAAGAGCGGUGGCGGAGUCAAUGAUCGAAGCUCAUUUUGGGAUAGAGAUUAUGGAUGAUCUGUUUAGGAGGUACGCCGAACUCGUCACCAAACACUUGUUAGAGACAAGAACCAAGUAUAUCAAUUUGGUCAUUUCACUGAUCAGAAGAUAUUGAACUCAGUUUUCCCUAGCCUCUUGAAAAGUACAAGUGAAAAUAUGUUGAUACGUAUGAUUUAAACUCAGUGUUUGCUAUUAUAUAUAAUUGUGUCUUAAGAUGACCAGAUAAACAGGUAGUCCUCUACUUGUACGUGUAUUCGUUUCUUCAGUGAUUUGAUUUGAUUGGUGUGAAAUUGUGGUCAGUGAUCAGUUUACACAAAGUAUAUUCCUAAAUAUUUGAAGUCUUGCAACAUCCAAA